AUGGCGACCUCCUCCAAGAGGGCUUAUGCCACACGCACACCCGGGACCCCUGUCCCUGCAGCAGAGCACUGCCAACCCGUACCUCCGCAGAAGACGCUCAAACCCAGUUCUGUCUCAGUCUCUGUGGGGCCCCUGGGGCCUGGUGCAUACAAGCUAAGACAAGAAAGAGAAAAUAAGCCUGUAUACUGCUUUUAUGAUUACACAAUGACUUGUUUGAUUGCUUCCUCUCUUAUCAAAUCUCUGCUACAGAAAAUGUAUACAGGUAUAGGUCGAACGGCAUUGAAACAGGUUUCCAGCAGCAAGUGCUUUGGAGGACUGCAGAAAGUUUUUGAACAUCACAGUGUUGAACUGAAGUGCAAAAUGAAAUUUGCUGUGUAUUUACCACCAAAGGCAGAAACUGGAAAAUGCCUUGUGCUAUAUUGGCUGUCUGGUUUAACUUGCAUAGAACAAAAUUUUAUAUCAAAAUCUGGUUAUCAUCAAGCUACUUCAGAAUAUGGCCUUGUUGUCAUUGCUCCAGAUACCAGCCCUCGUGGCUGCAGUAUUAAAGGAGAAGAGGACAGCUGGGACAUUGACACUGGUGCUGGGUUUUAUGUCAAUGCUACUGAAGAUCUUUGGAAAACUAACUAUAGAAUGUAUGCUUAUGUAUCGAAGGAGCUUCCCCAACUCAUAAAUGACAAUUUUCCAGUGGACCCCCAAAGGAUGUCUGUGUUUGGCCACUCUAUGGGAGGCCAUGGAGCUCUGAUUUGUGCUUUGAAGAAUCCUAGAAAAUACAAAUAUGUGUCAGCAUUUGCUCCACUUUGCAACCCAGUGCUCUGUUGGGGCAAAAAAGCCUUUACCAGAUAUUUGGGAACAGAUCAAAGUAAGUGGGAGGCUUAUGAUGCUGCCUAUCUUGUGAAGUCCUGUCCAGGUUCUCAGCUGGAUAUACUAAUUGAUCAAGGGAAAGAUGACGAGUUCCUUCUACUUCCUGAUAACGUCAUAGCUUCCUGUACAGAAAAGAAAAUCCCUGUUGUUUUCAGAUUACCAGAGGGUUAUGAUCAUAGCUACUACUUUAUUGCAAUCUUUAUUGCUGAUCACAUCAGACAUCAUGCAAAAUACCUGAAUGCAUGA